AAUCUGCCAUCUGCCCUUUGGACGCAAGAAAAAAGGAGAAGCACUUCCUGUCUUCCCUGUUUCUUCAAAAAUGGCGGACACGUGUGGUCAAGUGUUGCUGGGCUCAGGGCUCACAGUCCUCUCCCACCCUUUGAUGUACAUCAAAGUUCUGAUCCAAGUGGGUCACGAGCCUCUGCCUCCCACUCUGGGCAGGAACCUGUUUGGCAGACAGGUCUACCAGCUGCCCGGACUGUUUGCUUAUGCAAAACAUAUUGUCAAAAUAGAUGGAAAAGUGGGUCUGUUCAAAGGACUUGUCCCUCGCCUCUGUGCCGGCACCAUCGGGACUGUUGUGCACAGCAGAGUUGUACAAAAAUGUCAGGAAAAAGACGUACCUCAGGUAGUGGGUUGUCAGCAAAAGGCAACAGAAGGCUCUCUACAGCAUGUCGUUAAUGAGACGACCAAAGAGAUGAUAGCUCGUUCAUGUGCCACCAUCGUCACACAUCCUUUUCAUGUGAUUACCUUGCGGUGUAUGGUGCAGUUUAUUGGCAGAGAAACAAAAUACAGUGGGGUGUUUGACUCCAUUGUCACGGUCUACAGAGAAGAUGGUAUACUGGGCUUCUUUGCUGGUUUGAUUCCUCGUCUCCUUGGUGAUGUCUUUUCCCUGUGGAUUUGUAAUCUGCUUGCACACCUCAUCAAUACAUACGCCAUUGAUGACUCGAUGAGUCAUACAGGAGAAAUUAAGAACUGCUCUCAGGCUGUGACAGGGUUCUUUGCCAGUAUGCUUACCUACCCUUUUGUCUUGGUGUCAAACCUCAUGGCAGUCAAUAACUGUGGGCUUGCUGGAGGCCUGCCUCCCUAUGCAUCAGUAUACCCCACCUGGAUGGACUGCUGGAGUCACCUAAGCAGAGAGGGCAACAUGAGCAGAGGCAACAGUUUAUUUUUCCGGAAGCUCCCAGCAGGAAAAAUGUACGCAGUUGACCAGAAGAGGUUUUUUUAAAGGCUGUGGAGAACUGAGCUGAACAUAACUAUGGUAACAUUAUGAAAAUCAUUGCCUGAUCUUGGGGUUGGACAGUUGGCUUUGAUUUCAGAAGGUUUUGAUUGACACUGUCCAGAUAAUACUGCAGAGACUUUGUGAUUCUUCCUGUUAAACUCACGUGUGCAAAAAUUAAUCUGGAUGCUUCAUGCUGUCAACAACCUAUGUGCACAACGUUAUGACAGUGCAAGUGCCCCCUCCCCUCCAUGUUUUUAAUAUAGAUUUACUGUUGACAAUGACCCCCCCCUCCCCAAUUUCAGCCCGUCAUUGAUGGAAUGAAUUUCAGUCUGCAUGUGGUAAUGUUUAAUUUACACGUUAACGACCAAAUGGGACCUUGUAUGUGGUUUUGUCUUGAUGUAUUAAUAAUGGUAAAGCUCACUGAUGGGCUGGUGCACAAUGCUAAUGACAAGACAGAGGCACUGGUUGCUCUCCAGGAGCAUGUGUGGAAUUACAGAGGCAUGGAAGGGAGAUUGAGCUGUCCAAAGUCUCUGGUACUCUGAUCAAAACUGACUGAAAUAAAAACAGCUUUUUUGACCA